UUAUGAGGGGUCCCCACCAUCCCUGUGCUGAGUUCCUGGGUCUGUACACUUGUCAUGCCCAUUAUGAGGGGUUCCCACCAUUCCUGUGCCAAGUUCCUGGAUCUGUGCACCUGCUCUGUCCAUUAUGAGGGGUUCCCACCAUUCCUGUCCUGAAUUUCUGGGUCUUUACACCCGCUGUGCCCAUUAUGAGGGGUUCCCACCAUCCCUGUGCUGAGUUCCCGUGUCUGUACACCCGCUGUGCCCAUUAUGAGGGGUUCCCACCACCCAUGUGCCGAGUUCCCGGGUCUAUACACCUGCUGUGCCCAU